AUGAAUGAAGACCUGAAGGUCAAUUUAAGCGGGCUGCCUCGGGAUUAUUUAGAUGCCGGUGCUGCGGAGAACGCGUCGGCGGCCGUCUCCUCCCAGGUUCCUGUCGUAAAGCCAGAGCCAGAGCUGGUUGUCAACCCCUGGGACAUUGUGUUGUGUACCUCGGGAACCCUCAUCUCCUGUGAGAAUGCCGUUGUGGUCCUCAUCAUCUUCCAUAACCCCAGCCUGCGAGCGCCCAUGUUCCUGCUGAUAGGCAGCCUGGCUCUUGCAGACCUGCUGGCCGGCAUUGGCCUCAUCACCAAUUUUGUUUUUGCCUACCUGCUUCAGUCAGAAGCCACCAAGCUGGUCACAAUCGGACUCAUUGUCGCCUCUUUCUCUGCCUCUGUCUGCAGCUUGCUGGCUAUCACUGUUGACCGCUACCUCUCCCUGUAUUACGCUCUGACAUACCAUUCGGAGAGAACGGUCACGUUUACCUAUGUCAUGCUCAUCAUGCUCUGGGGGACCUCCAUCUGCCUGGGACUGCUGCCCGUCAUGGGCUGGAACUGCCUCAGGGACGAGUCCACCUGCAGCGUGGUCAGACCUCUCACCAAGAACAACGCAGCCAUCCUUUCUGUCUGCUUCCUCUUCAUGUUUGCGCUCAUGCUUCAGCUCUACAUCCAGAUCUGUAAGAUUGUGAUGAGGCACGCCCAUCAGAUAGCCCUGCAGCACCACUUCCUGGCCACCUCGCACUACGUCACCACCCGGAAGGGCGUCUCGACGCUGGCCAUCAUCCUGGGGACCUUUGCUGCUUGCUGGAUGCCUUUCACCCUCUAUUCCUUGAUCGCUGAUUAUACCUACCCCUCCAUCUACACCUAUGCCACGCUCCUGCCCGCCACCUACAACUCCAUCAUCAACCCUGUCAUAUACGCUUUCAGAAACCAAGAGAUCCAGAAAGCCCUCUGUCUCAUCUGCUGCGGCUGUAUCCCACCCAGUCUCUCCCAGAGGGCGCGGUCACCCAGCGAUGUGUAG